UUAUCGGCUUUCUGAACUUUCUGAUUCGAAUUUAGAAGCAUAACCUCUGUUUUUCCACCUCAUUGUUUCGUUUUUAUUUCUUCUUUUUAUUAAACGUAUUGACUAAAAAGCGUGACUAUGUCUGAAGAAGGUGUCCAACAUGCUCAAAAAAGUGAGCGUUUCAAACGAAAACGAAAAAAAUCAUUUUUGAAAAACGCUAGAAAAUACGCGAAAAAAGGCUGUUACGGUCGAGGAAGUCAACUGGAUGCUGAUACUUACCAAUAUUUCGUUCGAAUUAUGGAAGCUUACAGACAGGGCUUUGAUUCAGAUGAGGAUAAAGCAAUUUUCGUAAAUAACGUAUUUGAGCAAACUGUUGAUCAGGAAAUUAACUGCUGUUGCAACCAGGUGGGAUGUCGGGUUAUCGAAAUGUUGAUACCUUUUGCCAAUGAUGAAGUGUUGAAAAGAUACAUGAAGUGUUUUGGGGACGAGCUUAGACCCUUGUGUUGUGACCGAUUUGCGUCACAUGUGAUUGAAUCCUUGGUGGCAGAAGCAGCCAAGAAGUCAUUUAAACCAAUUUCUAAAGAUGACAUUAAUGCUAGUUGUAAAGAAUUUGUUUUAAAAGUAAGCAGAUUUUUGCUUAAUAAUUUGGAAGACUAUCUAUGGGACACAUAUGGGAACCAUGUUAUUAGAAGGUGUUUGGAGAGUUUAGCACAAAUUCCAAACGAAAAAGUGAAAAAUGAUGCUAAAUCUGAAGAACCUGACAUAAAAGUUGAACUCCCAGAAGAGUUCAUUGAAGUCAUUAAAGACUACUGUGAAAGGAUAAUGCACUGGCCCCAGUUUGGCGAGUUGUGCCAAACCGACGUCACUUCCGGGUUUUUGCAAUCUUUACUAAAAGCACUCAAAAAGGCCGACAAAAAAUUACUCAAAAAACUGCUAGAGAAAUUGCUUUCGACCAAUUUUGCACCAGAAGUUGAAAACAGCGACAGCGAUAAUCUCCCUUCUGUGUUUUUGUCUAAACCGGCAAUGAUGGUCCUAGAGACUACUUUAGAAGUUUCCAAAUCAAAAAUGUUUACUCAGAUAUUUGUGAAGUGUUUUUCUGGCCGACUUGUUAAAUUGGCGACUACAAGAAGUACUAACUUUACCGUGCAAAAAUUAAUAAUGAAUUGUAAAGAAAAAUCAGAGUUUGAGUUAAUGUUUGAUGAACUGUCCAGCAACUUUAAAGAAAUUAUCGUAGCAGGUCACACAGGCAUAAUCUGGGCUCUCGCCCAAAGUUGCAAGAAUUUGGCCUCAAAGCAAGGCAGUUUUAUGCAAAACUUGAUGAAGAGUUUGGAUUGUGUUGAAGAAGAAAAGCACAAAGAUUUCAUUUUGUGUUUAUGCAAAUUUAAUGAUUUUGAUACAACUCAGAAACAGUCAAAGGAGAAUCUCCAAAAAGAUAAACUGAGUUUGCAUGGGACCCUAAUUCUUCAAUUACUACUAGAGUUUAAUAAGCCAAUUAAAAUUGUCAAUGGUUUAUUAAGUUUGGACCAAAAUGAACUCAAAGCCUUGUUUUCGAACACAAUGGGUAGCCACAUCGUUGAUUCCUACGUCAAAAGUUUGUAUGUGGGCGAAAAAAGCCGUGAAAAAUUAAUUAGGAAGAUGAAGGGGACUUACCAAGAGUUGGCAUCGUCUAAAUUCGGUUCAAGGUCAUUUGAAGCGAUCUGGAAUGCUGCCAACUUGAAAAAUAAAUUGGCGAUUAUGGAAGAACUGGUCUAUAAAGACGGGUCAUGGUCUAGUUCACAGUACGGUAAAAUCAUUGCGAAUAAAAUAAAUCUCGCUUUAUAUAAACGUAACAAAGAAGAGUGGAAGAACUCUCUUAAUACCGUCAAAAAAGCCGAGAAAUUGUUUGAAGAUAUUCUGAAAUAAUGCAACAAAUAUGUGAAUUUUUAUAUUGGGAAAGUACAUCAGUUUUAAAAUAUAAAUAAAAUAAAUAAUAAACACUAAAUAACA